GAUCCAACACUCUUAGUCUCUCAUGAGUCACAAUGAAAUUAAUACUUAUAUUACUAUCCUGGAUCGUUGCAUCCACCAGUGCCCAACUAAUCCCAACCUCGUUCGACGCUCGGACGCGCUGGCCGAACUGUCCCUCGAUCGCUCUGAUCCCAAACCAGGGCUGUUGCAAUAGUAGCGCCUUCCAGAUCCCGGCUGCCGUCAUAACCGAUCGAGCCUGCAUCCGUUCCAACGGAACAAGCACCCGGACUUACAGUGCGUACGAUGCGCUCGCUUGCUGCACGGAUUGUCCGUUUUCCCAGCUGUUCAAGUGUGCCGGAGGAGAUCCGUUGAAGGUCUGGAACUACUGGGCUACGACCGGACUGGUGUCGGACAGCUGCAUGCCGUUCUCGCUGAGCCCGCUUUGUUUGGGGUUCAACUGUCCGCUGUUGUGUGCUCCAGGGUACGCGGGAUCGAUUGUCGGUGACAGAAAAAAGGGUUUAAAAGUGGUAACGGUAGCGCCAUACGUGGACGCAAUCCAGUCUGAAAUCAUCCUGAACGGUCCAGUUGAAGCUAGCUUUGACCUGUACUUAGACUUUGUGCACUUGAAACAGAGUCAGGUGUACAACUCGCGUAGCGGACCAAACCUGGGUAGACAAUCCGUCAAGAUCAUCGGAUGGGGAGUGGAAAACGGUACCGAAUAUUGGCUGAUCACCAGUACCUUUGGCAUUGGUUGGGGCAACCAGGGAACCGCCAUGUUCUUGCGGGGCGUAAAUCACCUCGGUAUUGAAUCGCACGUCCAUUGUGGAACUCCCAAUGUCGAAUUAGUGCAUUAAAAAUGUGUUCAACAAA